AUGAGCACCUUAAGCAUCAAGGACCCAGUUAUCCCAUUCGGCAGCUGGGUAGUCGUAUCCGGCGUCAGCGGCUUCAUCGGCUCCCACGUCGCCGACCAGGCACUGGCCGCGGGCUACAAGGUGCGCGGGACAACGCGGGACGUCCAGAAAAGCGACUGGGUACAAAAGCACUUCGAAAAACAAUAUGGUCCGGGGAACUUUGAGCUGGUCGAAGUCCGAGAUAUGGCGGCAGAGGGGGCGUUUGAUCAUGCUGUGAUUGGCGCGACCGGCUUUAUCCACGUCGCAAACGACAUGACGGCAUCUCCUGAUGCCAGCAUCGCGAUCCCCCACGCAGUCAACGGCGCCCUAAAUGCCUUGCGGGCGUCGGCGAAGGAGUCGAGUAUUAAGCGCUUCGUGUAUACGUCCUCGUCAUUUGCGGCGACGCUCCCUAGGCCAGGCCAGCGGUUCACGAUCGCAACCGACACGUUCAAUGAAGAGGCCAUAGAACGGGCCUACGGACCCGAUGCAGAUGGUGACUCAGUUUAUGCUGCUAGUAAGGUUGAGGCCGAGAGGGCGAUUGCGAGAUGGGUGCGAGAGAAUGACUCGCCUCUUGUUGUUAAUUAUAUCCUCCCGAAUGCCAAUAUCGGCCCCCUAAUCAGCGCCACGGACCAGGGCUACCCAACAACCGCGCGAUGGACCAGAGCACUAUGGGAUUCAGACUAUGCGUCGUUGAGUCAUGUGCCACCCCAGCACUAUAUCAACGUGCAGGACGACGCACGGCUUCAUAUCAUCGGGCUAGCUGAUCCGGCGGUGCAAGGGGAGCGCAUCUUCGCCGUUGCGGGGCCGUUUAACCUCAAUGAUAUUCUUGGAGUGCUACGGAGACAUUUUCCAGAGAAAAAAUGGGAGGAUUAUCCGGAUGAUAAGCGGGAUCUGAGUACGUUUGAACCGAUUACGAGAGCGGAGGCUCUGUUGAGGAAGGCGUAUGGGAGGGGGUUUGUUGGGUUGGAUGAGAGUGUAAGAGGGAAUGUCGCAGAGCUUGUUCAUGGCUAG